GUCAUUGUUCACCAUACUCUCUCCCCGUCUUGCUCUACAACUCCGCGAUGGAUCUCAAGAGCCUACAGGAUGCGGCCGCGAACCUCACGCUCUACGACCUCAAGGCGGGCGUGCGCAAGGUUCAAAAUGCUGUCAUGAAUUACACAGAGAUGGAAGCCAAGGUCCGAGAGGCUACCAAUAAUGAACCUUGGGGGGCAUCGUCGAGCAUGAUGCAAGAGAUUGCCAAUGGCACGUUCAACUACCAACAGCUCAACGAGAUUAUGCCCAUGAUAUACAAACGAUUCACAGAGAAGUCGGCAGAGGAAUGGCGGCAGAUUUACAAAGCGCUGCAGCUCAUGGAGUUCUUGAUCAAGAAUGGCUCGGAGCGGGUGAUUGACGACGCGAGAUCACACCUCUCGCUCCUUAAGAUGCUGCGACAAUUCCACUACAUCGAUCAAAACGGCAAGGACCAGGGUAUCAAUGUGCGGAAUAGGAGCAAGGAACUUACUGAGCUCCUGGGCGAUGUGGACAGAAUAAGGACGGAGAGAAAGAAGGCGCGCCAGACAAAGAACAAGUACGGAGGCGUAGAAGGCGGCGCUGGAGCUGGCUUGAGCGUCGGCUCUUCUGGUGGCAGAUACGGUGGAUUCGGAAGCGAAAGCGCUGGCUAUGGGGGCGGAAGCUCUACAUUUGGCGGCAGCUCAAGGACAGUCUAUGGUGAUGGAGGAGGAUUUGGCGGUGAGGCUGCUACCGACGAGUACGACGAGGGACCUGGACGUGGCGGGGCGGAUAAAUUCGACGAGUACGACGAGUACGAUGAUGGCGGUGCCCAAGCACGGCCUGGCAGACGGAAAGGAGACGCCGCUGCGCAGCGUGCAACCUCGAAGAAAGCUGCAGCACCAGCACCAAAAGCCAAAGAACCCGAGGUGGAUCUUUUCGACUUUGGAGACGAGCCAACGACGACCUAUACAGCCCCCUCAAAUGGUGCAGCAAGUUCUGCCGCGAUUCUGUCACCGCCAGCAUCACAGGCGACCGCAGUGAUCGACGAUGACGAGUUUGAUGAGUUCCAGUCAGCCACACCAGCCCCAGCUGCUCCAACUGCAUCUGUCAAAGUAGCACCCUCGAUCCCAGCGCCCAACUACAGCUCGUUCUCAACAGCUGCGCCGUCCUCCACAACACAGUAUGCGCAACCUACGCCGCAAUCAAGUGGCCAGAACGCUGCUUUCAGCAACAUUUUCUCAACUACCUCGCCGCCUCCGAGCAGCACCAGUACACCAAUUGGAAACAUCUCUGCGCCUAAGCCUGGAGGUUACCAACCGUCAGGGCCAAACUAUUUCCAGUCGGUCCCCGUGCCUAGUCAGGCCACCGGCGGCUCUUUCAGUUCGCAGGUUAAGUCACCUGGGGCGGGUCAAAUUGGCGCAAAGACUGGAGCGAGAUCUGGAGGUGGUGACGCCUUUGCAAGUCUUCUCGGUGGUAGUGGGCUCAAGAGCAAAGGAGUUGCACAGAAAGGCCCGACAAUCGCAGAUAUGGCAAAGCAAAAGAGCCAGGCCGGGCUCUAUGGAGCAAACGCACCGACCGCUGCACCUUUCCAGCAGCAGAAGCCAAACACUGGUAGCAGUGGACUGGAUGAUUUGCUUGGGUAGGAGUAGCAAGAGCGCUUGUGGGCGUUUCUGUAGAAUUUGCGAUAUCAUAUAAAAGGAUUCGUUCG